UUGCCAACGUAAUAGGUAGAAUUAAAAAAUCAACAUUACACACCAUAAAAUAUUUUUUAAAAAACCUUAUAGUCAGGAAUAAAAACAUCAAGAAAGCAAUAAUAUAGUGAAGCUACUUUAUUACAUUUUAACCAAUGCUUACAAUACCGCUUGAAUGAUCUUUUGUGAAUGUUUUUGGUACAUAUUUUAUUUUUUAGUUUAACCAAACACAGAAACGAAUUCUAUGAACUCUUCAGAUAAAAUAACUGACCCAGACGAAGCUUCCAGGAAUAACCCAGAAGCAUCGUCGAGUAACUUAAACAACGAAAAAACUUCUACUGACAAUAAGGACGAAGUUAUGAAACGAGCUGCUGCAAAGAAACUUAUUGAGAGAUACUUCUACCAACUUACUGAUGGCUGUGGAAAUCCUCAUUGUGACAAUCGUUACUGCGCUUCUAGUGGGGAAAUGAACCCGCUGACUCCAGAUCAAGCAGCAGCUCAGGCCAUUCAGUUGUUUUCACAAGACGCAAGGUUAUGUGAGAGACACCCCAACAAAAUAGCUCGAAAAAAAGAGAAUAUAAUAAUUAACAAAAGUGAAACAUCAAACGAUGUCAAUUUUAAAUCAAAUUUACCCACAAAUGAUAUUGAAUCACAGAGUAAUUAUUCAAACAGUAAAGAUAGUCUCAAAUCAAAUAGUGCUCCCGUACCCACACAUUUGACAGAACAAGCUUUAUAUGACAUAAUCGACGAAUGCGAGGGCAAUAAUAGUUAUUCUCCAUUAAUUCGAACGUUAGGUGAAAUUUUUAGUAGUAUUGAAAAUCUAUCAAAAAGUUUUCCUCAGGAAACCAGCACACCAACAAAGUCAUCAGCGGAUUUAGAAAAUGCAGACAUAAAAACAUUAAACAAAGAAGAAGUGCGAAGUCUGGAAGGUGAAAAAGAUAAAGAUGAAGAUAGCUGCGCUGAAUCGAGUCAAAAUUCUUUAGCACCAGUUGAUAUUCCUUCGGUUCGAAGGGCAUUUUCUGCCCUUUUCAAAUUAAAAACGUCAAUUUUCGAAAACGCUCUUGUUAAUGCUUUAGUCACGCUUGCUGGGAAUCUUCAAAUGGACUUACCUACCAGGAAAGAUAAAGGAAACCAUGAAGAUAUUGUUAAUGUUCUUCUUAUUGUUUUUGAAAUUCCAGCUUUGGGUUCUGGAGAUUUGUUAGAAACAGCCCUUCCAGCAAUUUGUAGGGCAGCUCAAAGACUGCCCAUUGAAGUACAAGCAAGUUUAGCACGACAGUGGUCUGGAGUAGCGCGAACAAGUAUUAAAAGUAUAUUAGAGAAUCUACAACAAUUGAUAACUUUACGUGUGAUAAUGACUCCCUUUCAAAGGGAUUUUUUCGUUCAAGACGAAAAUGUUAUUACAUCUGCAACAAAAUUAAUGAAGAUUGUAUAUUAUGCAAAUAUUUUGGGUGGAGUGUUAGAAUCACCGGCAUUGAGGUCUCCUAGUCUUUCUGAUUUUAGCGAAGGAAUAACUAUCAAACCAAAAAAUACGCUGCCUUCUGAUCCUCUAGCUGAAGAAUUAGGAAUCCAUGUAUUAGACUGCCGGACGCCUUAUAUACCAUUUACAGAAUUUUACAAUGAACCACUUAGUGACGCCGUAGAAAUGGAUAGGGAUUUUGCCAAUUAUAAAAGUGACACUGGGAAAUUUAGUUUUAUGCAUUACCCAUUCAUACUUACACCAGCGACAAAAACAAUGGGUUUAUAUUUCGAUAAUAGGAUACGAAUGUAUUCAGAAAGGAGGAUUAGUUUUUUACAGGCUUUUACCGGGUUGCCGUCACAACCAUUUUUAAAAUUAAAAGUGAGAAGGGAUCAUAUCAUUGACGACGCUCUGGUGGAGUUGGAAAUGAUCUCCAUGGACAAUCCUAGUGAUCUUAAAAAGCAGUUGGUGGUGGAAUUUGAAGGUGAACAAGGUAUUGAUGAAGGUGGGGUUUCAAAGGAGUUUUUUCAAUUAGUUAUAGAAGAAAUUUUUAACCCCGACUAUGCCAUGUUCGCUAUUCAACCAGAAUCACAAACAGUUUGGUUUAAUCCUACUAGUUUCGAAAGUGAUGCUCAAUUCACGUUAAUAGGUAUAGUGCUAGGAUUGGCGAUAUAUAAUAACGUCAUUUUAGCAGUAAAUUUUCCUAUGGUGCUAUAUAGGAAGUUAAUGGGAAAGAGGGGUAGCUUUGAGGACCUGCAAGAUUGGAACCCUGUAGUAUAUAAUAGUUUAAAACAACUCUUGGAGUAUGACGAACCCAACGUCGAAGAAGUAUUCAUGCAAACAUUUAGUAUAAGUUACCAAGAUGUUUUUGGUUGUACAAUUAAUUAUGAUCUAAAAGAAAACGGAGAAAAAAUUAGUGUUACACAAGAAAAUAAAUACGAAUUUGUGGAUUUAUAUGCAAAUUUUUUGUUAAACAAAUCAGUAGAAAAACAAUUCUCAGCCUUUUAUAAAGGAUUUCAAAUGGUGGUGGAUGAAUCGCCCCUUGAAUUACUAUUCCGUCCAGAAGAAAUUGAAUUGUUGAUUUGUGGUAGUAAGAAUUUUGAUUUCGAUGAAUUAGAAAAUUCAACAGAAUACGACGGAGGUUACACAAACGAAUCACAAAUUAUCAAGGACUUUUGGUCGGUAGUGCACGCCCUCUCUUUAGAAGAUAAAAGGAAACUUCUUCAGUUUACUACGGGCUCAGACCGAGUACCAAUCGGUGGAUUAUCCAGACUGAAACUAGUCGUAGCAAAAAAUGGACCAGACUCUGACCGGUUACCUACCGCCCACACCUGUUUUAAUGUUUUGUUAUUACCGGAAUAUUCGUCAAAAGAAAAGUUGAAGGAUAGACUGGUCAAAGCAAUAAAUUACUCAAAGGGAUUCGGCAUGUUGUAAAAAUGUGUUUUGUUUUGUGAUUAAGUAGAGUAUAUUCAGAUACUAACAAAACUUUAAUUUUGUUUUUAAUAUAAAGAUUGUGUACAGCGCCGUCAUAAUUUUCUGUUACUUAUUAAUUUUGUAUGUGUAAUUUUUGGACGAUUUACAUUAUCAGGAACAAUACAAAUAAAAGGAAAUAUUGAACACUUAA